AUGGACAACUUCGAUGUCACAGACAUGAGCAAUGCGCUCGAAGAAGUGACGGCUGACCAGACCAACAAGAAUGCCGAAGCUGUCAAUCUCGCUCGUGAGAAGGGAUGGGCGCCUCCGGAGCAGUACAACUACGCCAAGUACAACACUGGCCCCUCCGAGAAGCCAGAGGAGUUUGCCGACCCUGAGCAGAGUGGACUUCCUGAGUGGGCUGCCAAUGCUGCAAAGUAUGAGUGGAGUGAUGAGUUCGGUGACGUUGGCCCUGCCAAUCCUGAGCUUGAGGAGAUGUUGUUCCGUAACGAGUUCAUCAACCGUACUGGCCUCAAGAUUGCAAAUUUGCAGAAGAUUGAUGUUGUCGCUGAAAGUAGAGAACGCCCUAGCCCCGUCAGAAACUUUGAUGAUGCUGGCCUUCACCCCUUCAUGCGUGAAAACAUUCGUCUGUGUGGCUAUGAGAUCCCUACUCCAAUCCAGGCCUAUUCGAUUCCCGCUGUCCUCACGGGUCAUGAUCUCAUCGCGAUCGCGCAAACUGGUUCCGGCAAAACAGCUGCCUUUUUGAUCCCAGCCCUUUCCCAGUUGAUGGGAAAGGCCAAAAAAUUGGCAGCCCCUCGUCCAAACUUGGCUAAUGGCUUUAAUCCGUCCGUCGAUGCAGUUCGUGCCGAGCCUCUCGUCUUGAUCGUUGCUCCUACCAGAGAACUUUCCACCCAAAUCUUUGACGAAGCCCGUCGUCUGUGUUACCGCUCGAUGUUGCGCCCUUGUGUUGUCUAUGGUGGUGCUCCGAGCCGUGAACAACGUGAAGAGCUUCAGAAGGGGUGCGAUAUACUUAUCGGCACCCCGGGACGACUGCUUGACUUUAUGGACAAACCUCAUGUCUUGUCUUUAAGCCGCGUCAAGUAUACCAUAAUUGACGAAGCCGAUGAGCUCCUUCUCUCCGACUGGGAAUCCGAUUUCACCAAGAUCAUGUCGGUAGAAGAUGUGAAUGAAGAUGCUGAUCAUCGUUAUAUGAUGUUCUCGGCUACUUUCAACAAAGAUUGUCGUCGCCUGGCCCGCAAGUUCCUUGCCGAAGACCAUGUCCGUAUUCGCAUUGGCCGUCCCGGCAGCACUCAUGUCAACGUGGAUCAGAACAUCAUUUUUGCAGAAGAUCACUUGAAGAAGCAGUGUCUCUACGACUUGCUGUUGGCCAUGCCGCCUUCUCGUACUUUGAUCUUCGUCAACACCAAGACCCAGGCAGAUUUCUUGGAUGAUUUUCUGUACAAUAUGGGACUCCCCAGCACUUCCAUCCACUCUGACCGUACUCAGCGUGAACGUGAAGAUGCACUGCGUGCCUUUCGCACUGCUAGAUGCCCUAUCCUGGUGGCCACUGGCGUUUCUGCUCGCGGCCUGGAUAUCAAGAACGUCAUGCACGUUAUCAACUUUGACCUUCCAAGUGUCAUGCAUGGUGGUAUUACUGAAUACAUCCAUCGUAUCGGGCGUACCGCACGCAUUGGAAACGAAGGACUCGCAACCUCAUUCUACAACGACAGGAAUGCUGAGCUUGCCCCUGAUCUCGUCAAGAUCCUGAUCGAAAGCGCCCAAAAGAUUCCAGACUUUUUGGAGUCCUAUAAGCCUGCCGAUGACGUGGUCAAAUUUGACGAUGACACAGACGAUGAGGGUGCUGAGAAUGAAACUGUAAAUGACAACAAUGACACUGGAACGGUCUGGGCCGGCAUCCCUAUGGAGUCUUCCGAUGAGCCCGCCCCUGCUGGCGACGGCUGGGAGUAA